UUUUCACUGACGUUUUUUAUUAUCCCAGUCCCGCUCUUUGUGGAUAACGACUGUCUUUUCUGUGGAUUAUUUUCUGAUUCGUUGUGACGGUAUAGCACCGUUGAACGGAACAAUGAGACGGCAAGUGCUUUUGUUUCUCUCGACGCUCUCCUUCUGUUCCGUACACGGGCAGGCCAGCUACUCUAUUCCCGAGGAAAUGUCGAAAGGCUCGCUGGUCGGAAACAUAGCACAAGAUUUAGGUUUGGAUUUAAAACGGCUGAAAACAGGGAAAGCUCGCUUGCAUGUUGGAAACGGCGCCGAAUACAUCGAGCUGAAUAAAGAAAGAGGCCUCCUUCUCAUCAGGGAGAAAAUAGACAGAGAGGCGUUGUGCAAACAGACGAGUCCAUGCGCUUUACAGUUUCAAAUUAUUUUGGAAAACCCAAUCGAGUUCUAUCGUGUAACAGUAGAAAUAACAGAUAUAAACGACAACGCUCCUAUAUUCAAAAUGAACAGUAUGUUAUUUGAGAUAAGUGAGUCGGCUGUCAGGGGGGCAAAAUUUGUAUUAGAGAAAGCAUUAGAUACUGAUGUUGGAAGAAAUGGGCUCAAGAGCUACUCCCUUAAUCCAACAGAUAACUUCGUUUUAAAUCUCAACGGAAACGCAGAUGGAGAAAAGGAGGUUGAGAUGGUCUUGGAAAAACCUCUCGAUCGUGAAAAACAAGAGCAUCUGACUCUAACACUAACCGCCUUCGACGGAGGUGAACCUCAGCUAUCAGGGACAGUGAAAAUUCACGUAACUGUAUUAGAUGCGAAUGACAAUGCCCCAGUGUUUACGCAGUCAACAUAUAAAGCGAGUUUAAUGGAAAACACCCCGAAGGGAACUUCAUUAAUGACUGUAACUGCAAGAGACGUAGAUCAAGGCGCAUAUGGCUUAAUAACGUACUCCUUAUCGAGUACCACUGACGGGAUUCUGGAUUUAUUUGAAAUACACGGUGAAAGUGGUGAGGUACGUUUGAUUGGAAAAGUAGAUUAUGAAACAUCAAAACAUUAUCAGCUAAAUGUUAAAGCAAGAGAUCAAGGUGGGCUCACUGACUCCUGCAAAAUACUAUUUGACAUAAUUGAUGUGAAUGAUAAUGUUCCAAUAAUAGAUUUGAUGUCAACUACACAGUCUAUACCGGAAGAUUCUGCGAUACAAACAGUUGUCGCUGUGAUGAAUGUGCAUGAUGCUGACUCGGAUAAUAACGGAGUGGUUAAAUGUUUUCUUAGCGAGAAUGUUCCUCUAAUCAUUGAAAAUACAUCAAAUGGUUUUUAUAGUAUCGUAUCAAACAAUGAAUUAGACCGAGAGACAGCAUCAGAGUAUAAUAUCACAGUGACCUGCUCUGAUGAGGGAGUGCCCUCCCUCUCUAGCAGCGUCACUCUCACCUUACAGAUCUCUGACGUGAAUGACAACGCGCCUGUCUUUGAGAGGAGCUCAUAUGAGGCUUACAUUGUAGAGAAC